AUGAGCCACAAAAAAGGAAGACAAGGCAGCAACUCUGGAGCGCGCCAAAAUUCCGAUACGCCGCAACGGAACCGUACGAAGUGCCGCUCCGAUGCCCCCAAGAGACAACGCAGUCGGUCUGGAGAAAGUGUACAAGGAAAAAGUCCACUGCAGGAGAGGGAAACGAGAAUUCAGCCGAGGAGGGACCGCACGUACGGGACUGAAAAUGGCCAAGAGAGCACUGCGGUACAAGGAAAUUCCACAGAUGUUCCAACGCUUUUUGUAUCUGCUGCUGGUAAACCCAUAACUGUAUCAGAGUCGUCACUGCAAGUAGCAAGGGCACGAAUGAAUACUGAAAAUGGCCAGGAGAGCACUGCGGUACAAGGAAAUUCCACAGAUGUUCCAACGCUUUUUGUAUCUGCUGCUGGUAAACCCAUAACUGUAUCAGAGUCGUCACUGCAAGUAGCAAGGGCACGAAUGAAUACUGAAAAUGGCCAGGAGAGCACUGCGGUACAAGGAAAUUCCACAGAUGUUCCAACGCUUUUUGUAUCUGCCGCUGGUAAACCCAUAACUGUAUCAGAGUCGUCACUGCAAGUAGCAAGGGCACGAAUGAAUACUGAAAAUGGCCAAGAGAGCACUGCGGUACAAGGAAAUUCCACAGAUGUUCCAACGCUUUUUGUAUCUGCUGCUGGUAAGCCCAUAACUGUAUCAGAGUCGUCACUGCAAGUAGCAAGGGCACGAAUGAAUACUGAAAAUGGCCAAGAGAGCACUGCGGUACAAGGAAAUUCCACAGAUGUUCCAACGCUUUUUGUAUCUGCCGCUGGUAAACCCAUAACUGUAUCAGAGUCGUCACUGCAAGUAGCAAGGGCACGAAUGAAUACUGAAAAUGGCCAAGAGAGCACUGCGGUACAAGGAAAUUCCACAGAUGUUCCAACGCUUUUUGUAUCUGCCGCUGGUAAACCCAUAACUGUAUCAGAGUCGUCACUGCAAGUAGCAAGGGCACGAAUGAAUACUGAAAAUGGCCAGGAGAGCACUGCGGUACAAGGAAAUUCCACAGAUGUUCCAACGCUUUUUGUAUCUGCUGCUGGUAAACCCAUAACUGUAUCAGAGUCGUCACUGCAAGUAGCAAGGGCACGAAUGAAUACUGAAAAUGGCCAGGAGAGCACUGCGGUACAAGGAAAUUCCACAGAUGUUCCAACGCUUUUUGUAUCUGCUGCUGGUAAACCCAUAACUGUAUCAGAGUCGUCACUGCAAGUAGCAAGGGCACGAAUGAAUACUGAAAAUGGCCAAGAGAGCACUGCGGUACAAGGAAAUUCCACAGAUGUUCCAACGCUUUUUGUAUCUGCCGCUGGUAAACCCAUAACUGUAUCAGAGUCGUCACUGCAAGUAGCAAGGGCACGAAUGAAUACUGAAAAUGGCCAAGAGAGCACUGCGGUACAAGGAAAUUCCACAGAUGUUCCAACGCUUUUUGUAUCUGCCGCUGGUAAACCCAUAACUGUAUCAGAGUCGUCACUGCAAGUAGCAAGGGCACGAAUGAAUACUGAAAAUGGCCAAGAGAGCACUGCGGUACAAGGAAAUUCCACAGAUGUUCCAACGCUUUUUGUAUCUGCUGCUGGUAAACCCAUAACUGUAUCAGAGUCGUCACUGCAAGUAGCAAGGGCACGAAUGAAUACUGAAAAUGGCCAGGAGAGCACUGCGGUACAAGGAAAUUCCACAGAUGUUCCAACGCUUUUUGUAUCUGCUGCUGGUAAACCCAUAACUGUAUCAGAGUCGUCACUGCAAGUAGCAAGGGCACGAAUGAAUACUGAAAAUGGCCAAGAGAGCACUGCGGUACAAGGAAAUUCCACAGAUGUUCCAACGCUUUUUGUAUCUGCCGCUGGUAAACCCAUAACUGUAUCAGAGUCGUCACUGCAAGUAGCAAGGGCACGAAUGAAUACUGAAAAUGGCCAAGAGAGCACUGCGGUACAAGGAAAUUCCACAGAUGUUCCAACGCUUUUUGUAUCUGCCGCUGGUAAACCCAUAACUGUAUCAGAGUCGUCACUGCAAGUAGCAAGGGCACGAAUGAAUACUGAAAAUGGCCAAGAGAGCACUGCGGUACAAGGAAAUUCCACAGAUGUUCCAACGCUUUUUGUAUCUGCCGCUGGUAAAACCGUAACUGUAUCAGAGUCGUCACUGCAAGUAGCAAGUGCGAACGCAGCUUCAUCUGCUAAACCCAUUUCGGGAGCAGGUGCCUCCUUGUCGAAGAGGACGCCACGUACACACCGUAAAUCAGCAUCAUCAUCGCCAUUGUCAUCAUCCAAGCUAGCAAGAAAGCCGUUUGUGGUUCCUUUUGCUAAGAAUAAAGGAGCGGUUGCGAAAGGAGUAGGGGAAGCGGUGCCAUCGGCGUCCCACAUGCCGAGUUCAGAGGGUGAGGGGUCGGAAGUAGGUCGAACCCCCCGACAUCUUUCGUUUGACAUUUUCACGUUUCGCUCAUUAUCGAUGACGGUACCUCCCUCAAUUGACGAGAUUGUGCGAGGAAACUUUUUGUUUAAGCAAUUUGGGUGUUCACCUGAACUUCUGAAGUUACUGGAAAUACCAGCGGAGUGUGAGUUCAUACCAUCGGCAAAUUUUCGUAAGGCCAUGCUUACCUUGGGGGCUUCUCCACGGGGCUGCCCAGAUGCGUGGUGUCUUCAAAUGUUGACGUCCACGCUUCUGAAGUUGCGGGGACUCACAUUACACAUUGAUCCACCCCUUCCCGUGUUUUCUGUCGCACAUACUUUGCUUCACAUGUGUUUUAAAUAUAAUCACGAGUAUGUUGAGGGCAAACGGCCUGCUUUGCGUUUGAUUGCGGAAGGGGACGUUCAAGCAGCCUCACUGGUGGUAGUCUGGGUAGUGUCGGUAUCUUUUGAGGAGCGCCUUACUCCUCACACCUGCACGGCAGUGGUUUCCGAUGGGUUUUACCACGUUAAAGUGUCUCUUGAUAUUCCAUUAACGAACUUAGUUCGUAAUGGAACCCUGCGGUGUGGUCAGAAGAUUGUUACUUGCGGUGCGAGGAUGCUGAGGAGAGACUGUUGUUCUCCACUAGAAUGCAAAGAUGAAGUGCUCCUCUCCAUUAACUACAACUGCACACAACCUGUGGGACCUUCCUCACCUCUAGGUCUCUAUCAUACUUGUUUGCCGACACUGCUGCCUUCCGCUAUGGAUAUGCUUGGUGGUUUGGUACCUUGUUUGAAAGGGCGAGUGGAGCGCGUGCUUCCGCCCUUUUUCCUUGAGAAAACAUUUAAGGGUGCGCGAACUGGCGACACAAGAGGCAGCACAGGUGGUGCGUUGAAAAUUGUGAGGAGUUUAUUGGCGCAGCUAAGUUUCCAGGAAUGUAUGGCACGCGGAGCUGUUGCUCCGUUUGAAGGAAAAAGUGACCGACAACUUUCACGUCUGACAUCGUUUUUGUUGUCUUGUGAGCGACAGGGGGACGUCCUCUUGCAAAUAUGGGAUGAUUGCGGUGCCAACUGUCCGGCGGGGGAUUUGGAGGAACAUUCGUGUGAUUUUCCACCGGAGGGAGCUGAGAUUGUCGUUUUCUCCGUAACCCCUUCACGCUUCCGACCUGGUCACCCCUUCCAGCGGACGACAGUUUUGUACUCUCGGAGCCCUCUUCGGUAUAGCAUAGUCUCACCGCCGCGUAAGGGGUUUGUGAGGCAACCUUUGCGCUCAGCUGAAGAUGUGUCCCCAAAAACAGAGACAGGUGAUGCCAUCGAUUUUGCUGGCUUGUUCGUCGGCACCAAGAGUGUGGACACGGUCAACUCACAUAUUAUCGUGGCCUUAAAUGACGGAUGGAAACCUGGAUGUGUUCCGGCUUCCUACUUUAUGAUUGAUGUCCCACAUGCCACGGGCUCAAAAGAGAUUGUGCUUGCUUUGCCAUCAAUACCAUUCACACCUGUUAUUGUGCAGAAUGCUUCUUUUAUACGUUGCGCGGAGGACUUGGGACCCGAUUGCAUACACGUACUGGCGAAUGAGUACACGAAGGUUUACAGCCGUCCUGCUGAGCCGCUCCUUCGCGGUGUUGUUGAGUCACUUGGGAAAAUUCGUGGGAUGGCGAAGUCAAGUAGGCCUAUUAUUGCCCGUUCUGAGGAGCUGCUACGAAUGCGGACGUUGAGUGAGGAAGCUCGGGCCGAUAUAUGUCGACUGUCGAGAGAACUGGUUGGAGGGGAUGAGUUACCUAAUCCUGCAGCCACAGCGCAGCCGUCUCCACGGUAUCAAUUACGCCAGGAAGCAUCUACCCCUGUUGAGCAGAGUAUUACGGUUUCAGAAACAAGUGCAGCACGUACCUUAAGCAGUGAAGAAGAACAGGUAGAGGAUUUAAGGUCCUCGAAUGUCAAGGCUAGCCCACGGCGUCAUGUAUUUGGCAACAUUGUGGGAUUUCGGCUUCUCAAGUGCCAGGGCUCUGACAAACCCGAAUGCAUUGAGAUUUUGGGUGGCCGUCCCAGCACUCUCGUCUCUGGAAGUGGAAAGUUUGUAGUGUCCCCCUCGGACUUUUCUCAGAGCCUUGUGUACUUUGAGGCUGAUAUUCAAUUUGGUGCCACCGCAAAACAAUGCGCUCAAACCAAGGUAAGAUCUCCUUCCGUGCUUCAUUCAUUAUUGGAGCAGUGUAUUCCAUUGAAACGAGCAUGCGCCUUAACAGUGGACGAGAUUUUUGCGGAUUAUUACUUGGCUCGCAUUAAACAAUUAGAAGAUUGGCAGACACCUCACGAAGAGUGCUGGUGGCGGCUUCUCACUCAAUCGCACGUGGUGGAAAUUACCUCCGAUGUCUCAGGGACCCCACCGGAGGAGUUGGUCGGUUUGCAAUGGCUCUCUAAUGAAUGGAAGAUGUUGCUCAAUAUUCUUUCUGGCUCCUUGAAGCAUUGCCUGUUCAUGUUCAGUGUAGAGGGAAGUGAAAUGGUUCGUGCUACUUUCAUCAAGGAACAGUGUAGCGUCGCUGAUCUUAUGCGAGAAUAG